AUGGCACACCCAGCAGCGAUCCAGCAUCCAAACGAGAGGCCUUCUCCAGCUCCCAAGAAGAAGGAGGAGCCGAAGAAGGAAGAGGCACCGCCCGAGGCACGCCCCAGAGAGUCAUGCGAGCGAAGUGUCAAGCUGGAGUCCGAGGACCUCAGGUCGCCCGAGCAGAAAGAGGCGGACGACUGGAAGACCAAAGGCAACGAGUUGUACAAGAAGAAGCAGUUCAAGGAAGCCCUGGAGAUGUACGACAAGGCGAUCGCCGUCGUACCCGACGACAUCACAUACCACAACAACAGGAAUGCCGUCCUCAUUGAGAUGGGAGCAGAGCACUUUGACAAGGUCAUCAAGAGCUGCCAAGAUCUCAUUGAUCGAAGAUAUGAGAUCAACAGUGCGAACCCUGGUGGCGCAUCCUUCGAGAAGGUCGCCAAGGUUUUCCAAAGGAUGGCUUCUGUUUACGAGAAGCAGAACAAGUAUGAUGAUGCGAUUGCCAUGUACAACAAGGCGCUGACCGAGGACAACAAUCGGAGCACUCGCAACUCCUUGCGGGAGUGCGAGAGGGCGAAGGAGAAGCAUGAGAAAGAGGCCUACCUCGACCCGGCAAAGUCUGCCAAAAGAGAAGAGACUGGAAGUGAGCGGAUGAAAGUUCGCCAGGCCGAGGAGCACAGAGAAAAGGGCAACGAGUUCUUCAAGGCGAUAUGA